UGUAGCCCUCAACAUCUAGGAGAUAUGAGGGAACUUUGUAUCUGGAUUCUGAGAGUUUCCAUGCUUCUGCUGCUGCUCAAGCCAAAUCCCCUGGAUUGCCAGCUCACUACAGACCACAGGAAGGUUCCUCAAAGGGCAGAGCCCCAGCAGCAGGAGGCUGAAGGAGUGCAGGGUGGGGGCCCAGGCUCCUGGGGCUCCUGGGGGCCUUGGUCCUCCUGCUCCCGCUCCUGUGGGGGAGGGGUUCAGGAACAGAACAGACCCUGCCUACCUUCCUACACCCCCUCCAUGGGUGUAGCUGCAUACCCCUCCAGGCCAGGUGGCCACCACCCCCAGCACCCCAACCAGAACCUAGGCCAUGUAGUGUCUGCCCUAAGACCCACUGUCCCGCUGCACCGCACCAACUCUGGGAGACCCCCACCCUCCAACAGCAACACCAGCUUGGCCCGCCGAGGCGAGCUGAGGGACCAGCAGAGAGACAGAGAGGCCCAUGCUGGACGCAGGUACAGUAGUGACAGUCCCAUCAUUCCAGGGAAGUAUGGCUAUGGGAGGAUGCCUUAUGUUGUGUCUCUCCAGACAGACACAGGCCAGACGUCUGGGACAGAGACAGGGGCUGGUCGCUCCCACAGACAGAGACGUUCCUCGCUCUCUGACCCCAGCCCGUCAGCCACCAGGCACGGAGGCCACAGGCCAAACCCCUACCGUCCGCUCUACAACAACCCCCAUCUCCACAGCUACAGCCCAGUAUAUCACCAGCCCCCAGCCCCCCAACCCAGGUCUAACCCUAACCCAGCCUCCCAGCCCAGGUCUAACCCUAACUCUAGCCCUAACCCAGCCUCCCAGCCCAGAUCUAACCCUAACUCUAACUCUAACCCUAACCCAGUCCCCCAGCCCAGAUCUAACCCUAACCCAGCCCCCCAGCCCAGGUCUAACCCUAACCCAGCCUCCCAGCCCAGGGCUAACUCUAACCCAGCCCCCCAGCCCAGGGCUAACCCUAACCCAGCCCCCCAGCAUAGGUCUAACCCUAACCCAGCCUCCCAGCCCAGGGCUAACCCUAACUCUAACCCUAACCGAGCCCCCCAGCAUAGGUCUAACCCUAACCCAGCCCCCCAGCCCAGGGCUAACCCUAACCCAGCCCCCCAGCCCAGGUCUAACCCUAAUUCUAACCCACCCUGGUCCUCCUCACUCUACCAGCCCAGCCAGGGGCACCAACCUAGGCAGGAGCAGCAGCACUCAUCCAGCCAGGCCUCAGCGGCUCAGCAACCCUUUGGACGGCCCUACAACCCCAUGCCCACCUCCUCCUGUGUGGGAGAGCACAAUCAGUACAAGAUUUGCAACACCGAUGCCUGUCCUCCAGCCAGUAGACACAUCAGAGCGGUGCAGUGUUCUUCCUACAACAGCUAUCCCUUCAUGGGUCGACUGUACGAGUGGGAGCCUUUCAAUGAAGUUUCAGGCGACCAGCGUUGUGAGCUCAACUGUCGUGCGAUCGGUUUCCGCUUCUACGUGCGUCAGUCGGAUAGGGUCAUCGAUGGGACGCCGUGCGGCCAGAACGAGACUUUCAUCUGUGUGGCGGGGAGGUGUCAGAGUCUUGGCUGUGAUGAGUACCUGGGCUCAGGCAAGGUGAUGGACAAGUGUGGGGUGUGUGGCGGGGACAACACGGCCUGUAAGCUGGUGUCAGGGCUCUUCCAGCAGCACAGCCUGAACAAGGUGGGCUACCACAAGAUAGUGGAGAUCCCAGAGGGAGCCAUCAAGAUCAACGUCACCGAGAUGGUGAAGAGCAGGAAUUACCUGGCUCUGAAAAGCCGCUCAGGUCGCUCCAUCAUCAAUGGGAACUGGGCCAUUGACCGGCCAGGGAAGUAUGAGGGGGUGGGCACCAUGUUCACCUACCGACGACCCAAUGAGGUCACCAGCACCGCCGGGGAGUCCUUCCUGGCUGAAGGGCCAACCAAUGAGAUCCUGGAUGUUUAUGUGAUCUACCAGCAGCCCAACCCAGGAGUGAGCUAUGAAUUCAUCCUUCCCUCUGACAACCCUCCACAGCACCCCGACCACAGACCUGGAGGAAACACUCUGCAUGGGCAAAGUGGGAAUGACCACCGGGGCAACCCCAACCAGGAGGGGUACGAUCCAGCAGGAGUGGGCAAAUACCCUCCCCAGGUACCCAACAAGCAGGUGCCAGCGGUCCAUCCACCCAAACGUCAGAGAGAAUACAACUGGAAACUGUCUGGGGCAACAGAGUGUAGCGCCUCCUGUGGCAGAGGUAGCAGGUACACCAUCUUCCGCUGUGUCCACAGACCGAGCCAUGAGCAGGUACCAGAGAACCAGUGUGACAGCAGCACCAGGCCCAGUUCACAGGAGGAGCCCUGCAACCUUCAGUCCUGCCCUGCCUUCUGGGACAUUGGUGAGUGGUCGGAGUGCAGUAAGACAUGUGGCCUGGGUAUGCAGCACCGCCAGGUCUUGUGCAGGCAGGUGUAUGCCAACCGGACCCUCAACGUCCACACCAGCCGCUGCCGCCACCUGGAGCAGCCUGAGACCACCAGCACCUGCCAGCUGAAAAUCUGCAGCGAGUGGCAGAUAAGAACCGAGUGGAGCGCCUGCUCUGUUCCCUGUGGCGUGGGCCAGAGGACCAGGGAGGUGCACUGUGUCAGCAACGUGGGAGACUUUGUGUCGGACGAGGAGUGCAACAUGAAGCUGCGACCCAGUGACAAUGAGAACUGUGACAUGGGGCCCUGUGCUAAAAGUUGGUUCUUCACUGAGUGGGGGAAUAAGUGUUCUGCUGAGUGUGGGAUGGGCAUCCGGACCCGUGGCGUUCUGUGCCUGACCAAUCACAUCAGCAGCUUGCCUCUGGAGGGGUGUGGCCAUGAGCGCCCCACUGACUCUCAGGUCUGUAAUCCCGGCCCCUGUGAGAGUCGCAUCGAGUGGUUUACAGCCCCCUGGAGUCAGUGCUCAACAGAGUGUGGCUUGGGCAGCCAGCAGAGGGCAGUGGUGUGUCUGAUGAAGUCUGAUGAGGGGUUCAAUGUAAUGCCGCCUUACGAAUGUUCUUCUCUAGACAAGCCUCUUAAUCAGCAGAGCUGCCACCUCAAGCCCUGUGGGGCCAUGUGGUACCACACAGACUGGAGCGCUUGUUCUAAGACAUGUGAGGGGGGCUUCCGUGUGAGGGAGGUGCGCUGUCUGUCUGAUGGCAUGCUUUCCAGUGAGGGCUGUGAGGAGGAGCUGAAACCAGUGGAGAGAGAGGAGUGCAACCCAGAGCCCUGUGUCCCACACAUAGACGAGAACUGUCGAGACAAGUAUUUCAACUGCAAUGUGGUGGUCCAGGCACGUCUCUGUGUGUACGACUAUUACAAGACAACCUGCUGUGCCUCCUGCACACGAGUGGCCCACAGACAAUCACAACACAGGGCAUUCAGCUAGCCCCCUCCCCAGGCCUCAGACCUCUAGUGGGCCUGACACAGCGCCCAGAGCAGGCCCUCAGUCCCUGGGCCAAACAGACUGACCCACAGUGGAGAGGACAGCCUAGAACCUGACUCUGGGUGGACACUGACUGGACACUAUAAUAUGAGUGCUGAAAAUACAGACUGAAAAACUGAAAAGAAAGGAAGUGAAAGCCCAACUUGUUUUUGGCUUGUGAGGAGUUUGCCAAUGGGCAAUACGGGAAACGUAAUGGUUCUUGGAGGAUGGUUGUGAAGGACUAACAGGGCUAUGAGUGGAGGAGCUCUGGUGAGGCGAGAUAAGCAGGACACCAAACCAACCAAUUUAUGGUCUGUAACCAGAAUCCCCUCCAAUAAAAGUUCCUGUCUGGGUUUUUGUUGUGUUUCGUGGGAAGCAGUUUGCCGCUGCCAUUCACCUGAAUAGGUUAAGGUCUUAAAAAAGGUCUUUGGCCGAAACGUUGACAGAAUAAACAAGGUGCAGAGGUAAUAUUGUGUGAGGGAGUUAUCUUUCUUACAACUAAGGACUGCUACCGCAUCUGUGAUGAGACUCUUGACUACCAUGGCUCUCUUGGAUUACAUCAAAGGAGAGGAAGAUACAGUAUGAAAGUAGAGCAAGAUUCUGUUUGUUUUGCAUAAUGUAUAGACUGUACACAUUUUAAUAAGCUUCUUUAAAUUUCAAUCACGCUGUAAUGCUGAACUUCUGCGAUACGGAUUGAAUAUAGCCCCAAGUGACAGCUCACCAGUUUUACACAGCAACCCUCUAACAAAUUAAGCUCCAAAAUGUUCAUGUGUCGUUGUAGUGUAUCAUAUAUUUUGCAUCACUGCUGUGUGUAUGUACUGUGUAUACACAGAACCAGUCAAAAGUUUGGACACACCUACUCAAAGGUUUUUUCUUUAUUUUUACUAUUUUCUACAUUAUAGAAUAAUAGUGAAGACAUCAAAACUAAGAAAUAACACAAGGAAUCAUGUACUUACCAAAAAAGGGUUAAACAAAUCAAAAUAUAUUUUAUAUUCUUCAAAGUAGCCACCCUUUGCCUUGAUGACAGCUUUGCACACUCUUGGCAUUCUCUCAACUAGCUUCACCUGGAAUGCUUUUCCAACAGUCUUGAAGGAGUUCCCACAUAUGCUGAACACUUGUUGGCAGCUUUUCCUUCACUCUGCGUUCUAACUCCUCCCAAACCAUCUCAAUUUGGUUUAUUGUGGAGGCCAGGUCAUCUGAUGCAGCCCCCCAUCACUCUCCUUUGUCAAAUAGCCCUUACACAGCCUGGAGGUGUGUUGGGUCAUUGUCCUGUUGUAAAAAAAGAUAGUUCUACUAAGCGCAAACCAGAUGGCGUAUUGCUGCAGAAUGCUGUGGUAACCAUGCUGGUUAAGUGUGCCUUGAAUUCUAAAUAAAUCAGACAGUGUCACCAGCAAAGCAUCACACCUCCUCCUCCAUGCUUCACAGUGGGAAAUACACAUGCGGUAAUCAUCCGAUCACCUACUCUGCGUUUCACAAUUACUCAUCAGACCAAAGCACAGAUUUCCACCGGUCUAAUGUCCGUUGCUCGUGUUUCUUGGCCCAAGCAAGUCUCUUCUUAUUGGUGUUCUUUAGUAGUGGUUUCUUUGCAGCAAUUCGAUCAUGAAGGCCUGAUUCACAUGGUCUCCUCUGAACAGUUGAUGUUGAAAUGUGUCUUUUACUUGAACUCUGUGAAGCAUUUAUUUGGACUGCAAUUUCUGAGGCUGGUAACUGUAAUGAACUUAUCCUCUGCAGCAGAGGUAACUGUGGGUCUUCCUUUCCUGUGGCGGUCCUCAUGAGAGCCAGUUUCAUCAUAGCACUUUAUGGUUUUUGCAACUGCACUUGAAGAAACUUUCAAAGUUCUUGACAUUUACCGGAUUGACAGACCUGUGUGUCUAAAAGUAUUGAUGGACUGUCAUUUAUCUUUGAUUAUUUGAGCUGUUCUUGCCAUACUAUGGACUUGGUCUUUUGACAAAUAGGGCUAUCUUCUGUAUACCCCCCUACCUCGUCACAAGACAACUGAUUGGCUCAAACGCAUUAAGGAAAGAAAUUCCACAAAUUUACUUUUAACAAGGCACACCUGUUAAUUGAAAUGCAUUCCAGGUGACUACCUCAUGAAGCUGGUUGAGAGAAUGCCAAGAGUGUGCAAAUCUGUCAAGGCAAAGGGUGGCUACUUUGUAGAAUCUCAAAUAUAAAAUAUAUUUGGAUUUGUUAAACACUUUUUUGGUUACUGCAUGAUUCCAUGUGUCAUGUCUUCACUAUUAUUCUACAAUGUAGAAAAUAGUAAAAAUAAAGAAAAACCCUGGAAUGAGUAGGUGUGUUCAAACUUUUGACUGGUACUGUAUAUAAUAUAUAUAUGUGUAUGAUUGAGUGAGUGAAGUUGCUGAACUGAAGGCAAUUCAGCAGGGUCCUCCCAGUGACUGAACAGAACAGAAAGCCCUCUUUAUUUAUUUCUUGGGGUCCCCAGGGAGGGCGUUGGUUUAUCGGCACCAGUGGCCCCUUUUGGCUGCAGGGUUAAAACGUCUGUUACCUCUCCACCAAUCGCUGCCUAGGAAAGGGAUGUAGGCAUUCCAGAGUCCACUGGAUGGUUAAAGCAGAUGGUUAGAAGUUCUAGAACACUAUAUUUCUUAAAGAGAAGGUAAAAUAACUACUAUAUUUGCGUGAGAUAAAAAGAUUACACCAUUGUACAUUUUUAUGUGCAUGUGAGAUUGAAACAUUCACUAAAAGGAUACCGGGAUAUUCAUGACACUUUAUAACUGCAGUAAUGUACCACAAUUUUCACAGUACAUUUGAGUAAAUUGAAACUUUUACUCACGUAGGCCUGGUAAACAUCUAAACAAAGGUGAUAAAUUGACCAUUCCAGUAAAGUAUUAUGCCCCACUACUUUGUCCUGUAUCCUGUAUUGUACCUCAAGAGCAAUGAGUUCCUUUUUGAUUGCAUCCAUCCUAUUAACAUUCACUGUAAGAAAAGGUUGAGGACAUAUUUAUCAUGGUUGAUGUGUUCUCAUCCUGUAUGUAUUGUAUGUGUAAUGAGAUGCUACGUCUGGGAUGGACUCUCUAUACCUAAAGACAUGAUAAUACAGUGUAUUCAAUGCAACUUUGAGUCAACCUGUCUGACUCUGAAAUAUUUAACUUUCACACAUUAACAAGUCCAAUACAGCAAAUGAAAGGUACACAUCUUGUGAAUCCAGCCAACAUGUCCGAUUUUUAAAAUGUUUUACAGCGAAAACAGCACGUAUAUUUAUGUUAGCUCACCACCAAAUACAAAGAAGGACAGACAUUUUUCACAGCACAGGUAGCAUGCACAAAGCCAACCUAACUAACCAAGAACCAACCAAACUACCCAAGAAACAACUUCAUCAGAUGACAGUCUUAUAACGUGUUAUACAAUAAAUCUAUGUUUUGUUCGAAAAAUGUGCAUAUUUGAGGUAUAAAUCAGUUUUACAUUGCAGCUACCAUCACAGCUACCGUCAAAAAUAGCACCGAAGCAGCCAGAGUAAUUAUAGAGACCAACGUGGAAUACCUAAAUACUCAUCAUAAAACAUUUCUGAAAAAUGCAUUGUGUACAGCAAAUGAAAGACAAGCAUCUUGUGAAUCCAGCCAAUAUUUCAGAUUUUUUAAGUGUUUUACAGCGAAAACACAAUAUAGCAUUAUAUUAGCUUACUACAAUAGCCUCUUACACUACCGCAUUCAUUCAUCAAGGCACGUUAGCGAUAGCAAUAGGCAUGUUAGCGUUAGCGAAUAAACCAGCAAAAUAUAUUAAUUUUCACAAACCUUCCUCAGAUGACAGUCCUAUAACAUCAGGUUAUACAUACACUUAUGUUUUGUUUGAAAAUUUGCAUAUUUAGAGCUGAAAUCAGUGGUUAUCCAUUAUGCUAACGUAGCUUCUUUUUCCCAGAAUGUGCGGAUAUUUCUAUUAGACUCUCACCUAUUCUGACCAAAUAGCUAUUCAUAAACAUUACAAAAAAAUACAUGUUGUAUAGGAAAUGAUAGAUACACUAGUUCUUAAUGCAAUCGCAGUGUUAGAAUUCUAAAAAUAUCUUCAUUACGACAUAAGGCUUAUGUUAUAGCGAGAGAAUGGCCAAAACUACUAGUACACAGUUCGACAGAUAUAUGAAAUAGCAUCACAAAAGGGGUCCUAUUUUUGGUGAUCUUCCAUCAGAAUGUUGUACAAGGGGUCCUUAGUCCAGAACAGUCGUUGUUUGGAUUUAGAACAUCGUUUUUCCCUCUUGAAUUAGCAAGCACACUGGCCAAGUGGCGCGAAGCUUUUUAAUCGUCAACAAACACAGACAACGCAACACGCCUAACGUCCCGAAAAAAUGUCAAUAAUCUAAUAAAACUAUAUUGAAAAAACAUACUUUACGAUGAUAUUGUGACAUGUAUCAAAUAAAAUCAAAGCCGGAGAUAGUAGUCGCCUAUAACGACAGCUUUUCAGAAGGCAGUUCCAGGUCCAUCUUCGCGCUUUCCAGAAAACAAGAAAUGGAUGACUCGUCGUGCCAAGAGGAUUUAUUCCACCUCAGACCAAGAUAAACACUUAAUUUCUUCUCUCACUUCCUCUUGACAUCUAGGGGAAGGUGUAUGACGUGCAUGUAUACUCAUACGUAUCAUGCCCAUUUAUAGGCAGGCCCUUGAACAGAGCAUAAUUUUCAGACUUUCCACUUCCUUGUCAGAAAGUGUGCUGCCAAAUGAGUUCUGUUUUACUCACAGACAAAAUUCAAACGGUUUUAGAAACUAGAGAGUGUUUUCUAUCCAAUAGUAAUAAUAUGCAUAUUGCACGAGCAAGAAUUGAGUACAAGGCCGUUUAAAUUGGGCACGUUUUUCCCCCAAAGUGAAAACAGCGCCCUCUGUCCUCAUCAGGUUUAAAGGGAAUUAAUUGAAUUUGCCAACUGCCAAGUAUUUAAGUUAAUGAUUAACACCAUUUUUUUAUUUUUAAAUCAGACAUGGUUUAUGACAAAUGCUAUACUUUAGUAUUUGGUAUUCAAAUGCAAACAUCUGCAAUGUACUGUACACUAUUUCAUAAUUGAAAUGGGCAAGGUUUGAUUGGCAGUUUGAGAGAAUAGGUAAAUAAAUGUCUGUUUAUACUUAUGUAGUGUAUAUUUGUAGUCAUUCCAUUUAUUUGAACACCAGUUCACUGGUGGUGUGAAUCAAAUCUGUAACGAAUAAGGGCAUCGAUACAAGGAAACUCUUCUUACCGGAGCUACAUGAACUUCAGAAUGACUUAAGGACCCCAUCUAGUGAAGACCGGCAGUAUUACUACAAAUUUGUAGUAAACCAACCCACUGUUCCAUGACACUUUAUGUUCCCUGGCAUCUACAAAUGUCACAGAACGCAAAACUGCAAAUU